AUGGCUGCAUUUCAAAAAAUUUUUUAUGCAAUUGACAAGGAUAAUACUGGUGUGAUCACUAGUGUUGAUCUUCGCAAUUAUAUGCAGAAAAUGAGGUACAAAGAAAGCUUUGUUACCACCUGGACAAGUCUCUUUGAUCCCGAACACACUGGAAUUAUUACCUAUGAGAAUUACUGUAAGGUCCUGGGACUGAAACAGGAGAAUCGACCUCCUCCACCUCCGCUCUCAGAAACACAAUCGAAUUCGCAUGCAAUCGAAACUCAAAUUACACCAACGAACUCCGAACCAAUUAGAGCAGAACACACUCUUCACAAGCCAGAGGAGCAGAACUCUGAAAAUUCGGGAUCUCAGUGUCAAAGAAAUACUGAUUCUGUGAGUAAGGAAGAUUCGAGCCUGAAGCACCAUAAAGCACAGGAACCCUCUAAUGAGCUGAAUUCGAAGACAUCCAGUGUUGAGGCAACUGAAGAACCAAGAGAGGUUAGUGGAAAAGUGUCAAGAAAGCGGAAACAUGCGAAGUCUCCAAGUAAAGAGAAUGUAAUAACUCCCAUCAUAUCGAAGUCAAAUGUUGAGGCUCAUUCACCCAAGAAUAGUGGAAUGGAAACGAAAUCGGAAACAAUGAAUUUGGAAGCGGAUCCACAGUCAAUGGAAUCCAUAACUCCUCAGAAAGUGGACCAAACAUUGUCAGCAAAGUCUUUUCAGAACAGCAAAGUAGAUGGGUCUGGAAAGUUAAAAAAGAGAGAGAAAGAAGGAAGUCAUAAGACAUUGAAAGAAUCUUCACAGGAAUCUCCAGAUGUGGAAAGUAAAGGAGCAGAUUCGAAGGAAGGCAAUUCAGGAGAUGUGGUUGAAGGCCAAGAAAAGUGUAAAGAAUCAAAGAGGAAAGGGAAACUGAGGUCACCUGAAAUCAAGGGGAAGGAGCUUUGUGAUGGAAAAGGAGAACAUCCUGGAGACAGUGGAAUGGAUAUAUUUGAUUUUCUGAUUGAAUCGAAAUCAAAUCCCAUCAAUAUAAUAGAUGAAUUUUCUGAUAUGGAUCAGUCCAAGUCUGUUAAAGAAGAAAUUACACCUGAACCGGUAGAACCAGUACCGAAAUCCAAAUCAAAAUCGAAGUCUCAAAAAUCCCCCAAACCGAUGGAUGUAGUAGUAGAAGAGUGUAAAGAAACCAAGAGGAAAAGUAAAUCAAAACAAACUGUAUGCCCCGAAAAGAAGCAUUCUGACGAAAUAAUAGAACAGCCUGAUGACGGUGGAAUGGAUAUAUUUGAUUUUCUAAUUUCUGGUAAGGAUGGUCCAAUAGAAACAAGUUAUGAUUUUGAUGAUCAACCACUGGAUAAAAUGGUUUCCGAAACCGCGGAACUUACAGUGACUGGCAACCCAUCUGUAUUUCAUGAAACGAAGAAGGAUAAGCCUCACCAGAGGUCCAAGAACAGAUCCAGAAAUGCGUCGGAGAAGAGUGAACAUAUAGCUUCAAAUGCUCUAGAGGAUAUUUCUGCCUCCAUUAAAGAACAGCAAGAAACAGGAGGAGAUAUAUUUGAUAUGCUCUUAGAAGCCAAAGAUCAUCCAAUGGAAACAGUUGAUGAUGAAGAUAUGAAUUCGACUCUGACUGUAAAUCCUGAAAAGUCGUUCGAGAGUAAAUCAGAGCCGUUAAAGAAAACGGAGAAGUCUGGUACGCAUGAAAGUGGAAGUGAAGAUUUGUGCCAAGUGGAUAUAAACGGUAAACGGAGCAAAAGGUCUUCAAAACCAAGCGAGGGGCAAGCGAUUCAAACUCUGGAUACUUCGGGGGAAAAGGUUAAUGCUCAAAAGCAUCAAAUUGGGAUACCAGAGUCUUCAAAAUUCAAGGACACAAUGGAACGUGCUUCAGAUGAAAUGCAGUAUGAAGUACCGGUAAAGAACAAAGGGAAGGAUCAAAAGUAUGAAAAGGGAAAUUUUGAAUCGUCAAGAUGUCUUUCAGAAGUUGAAACUGUUCCUGAAUCUUUAGGCCAAAUAGAAUCUUCCAAGAAAGCCCAUCAAAGUGGAAAGAAAAGUGUUAAGAAAAGGGAAAAGAAGUCCUCAGAAUCAUCUAAAGUAGAGAUGGAUAUAGAGCCUACAAUGACUUCUUGCUCUCUUCAAUCGAUACCUCCAACGGUAGGAAAUCAAAGUCGCUCAAAUCCUGGAAAGAUAUUUAUUGAUUCUUCUGAAUCUUCUCUUACCCAUCAUGAAUCCAAGAAGGCAACCAAAAAUAAGCGACAAAAGAACCCAUCAGAAACGAAAUCUUUUGCACCCACAGAAUCCACUGAUGUUGAAAUGACUACCGUUCAAGAAAUUCUUGUGCCAACUGUUGAAACUCCUGUCAGAUCAGAUAAUCUUGAUCUGUUUAAGAUGGGUCCAAAGGAAAUCAAGUCGACUCCUAUGGAAAUUGAAAUAGUUUCGGCCUUAACGGAAGACCAAGGAUCUUCAAAACCACCAGAGGUUACUGAAUAUGUAACAGAGUCAAAGGAAGAAAAAAUGAAAUUCCCCGAAUCUGACAAAAAGAAAAACAAAGAAGCAUCUGCGUCCGCCACAAAAGAUCAAAUGAAGCGACACACUGAAAAGACUUCUUUAGAGCAACAGAAAUCAUCCAAAGAUACAAAGCCAUGUGCAGAUAAAAAGAGUAAGAGAAAUAAGAAAUCAUCGGAAUCAUCUCCAGGGAAUAAAGAAUCAGUCCCUUCAUCAGCUUCAGCUCCUCACGAAUCCUCUAUGUCUACCAUUGAAAGUGGCAUUGUCCCAAUGGAAGAGGUUGUUUUGGAAGCUCCAGUUCCAUUGAUCGAACCGAAAGAAUCAAAGAGAAAAGUAAAACCGUCUGAAUCAUCAGUUUUGGAAAUAACUGAAAAUAUAUCUCUCGCUGAAGUGCCUAAUCAAGAGGCAUCCAAGAACUCACAACAGGAAGGUGAGACAAGAGCCCCCCAAUUUGCUGAAAAUAGAGUGGUGGAAAGUGAAUUAGAAGUCAAAGUUGCGCCUGUUGAACAAGGAGGAAAUAAGAAACCGCCCAACUCGAAGCAAGUGUCGAACUCUCCUCCUGAUAAAGGGGAAACCCAUAACGUACCAAAAUCUUCGGAUGAACUUAAGGAUGACAAGAAGAGAAAAGAAGGGAAGAAAACUGCUGAAUCUACGAAGGACAGUGAUAAGAGGUCCCCAACGAAACACGAACCCGUUGUGGAAUUAUUAUCUCCGUCGAUCUCAGCUGGUCUGGAAACUACAACAAGUGAUAGUCAAAAGGAAAAGUCUAAUGAAGCGAAACAAGAUGAAGCCACAGAAACCAAGAAACACACUGCUCUGAAGAUCGAAGAUCUUGCGAAACCUACGGAAUUUAGACAUGAGUUGACAGAACAGCAAAAAUCUGACAAGAAGUGCUCAGAGUCAUCGAAAAAGCCCGAAACUUUGGCCGCAAAAGUUGAAAUCGCUGACAUGGCGAAGUACUUAGAAGGAUCUAGGGAUGACAAGAGAAACAAUGGACCGAAGAAACAACCCAAACCUUCAAAGGAAAGUGGACAUAAACCAACCAUUGACCGAAAACCUGCUGAAGAAUUGAAAUCGACAUCUAAUAUAAAUUUCAUUGGAAAACAAGAUAAACCAAAGAAAUCUAAGCAAAAGGCUCUUCAAAAUAGUAUCGAAGAGACAAAAGCGACUACCUCAAAAGUGCACAACUCUCCGUCAGAUUCUACUCCGGCCAAACAGUCAGAAACUGACAAAACUGAAAGGAAACAGAGUAGGAGGGGAGAAAAGAAACAAUCGAAACCUUUGAAAAGGACUUCCGGAGAAAGUAAGACAUCUCAAGCAUUAGGAUUUAACGAGGGUGGAUUGGAGAUUACAAAUCGACCUCUAAAAGAAUUGAAAUCUGCAAAGAGUGAAGAUGGUGCCGAAUCCAAGAAACGCACCAAUAAGAAGCGCAAAGCUACUGAUAAUGUUGAUGAUAGUUCCAGUAAAAAGUGUAAAAAGGUUGGGAAAAAUUUGAAGAAAAAGGCUGAUGAUAACGAGAAAAAAAGGAAGAAACGAAAAAGAUCCCAGUCAGCAAAGGAAGGAGAUGAAGGUACUGGCAAAAAAUCAACUAAACGUCCGCGUAUAGGCAAUCUGGAGUGCGGACGAUUUCCGAAAGCCUUCGCUGUGCAAGUUCCCCACAGAGUUGCCCAGCACAGACGAGACGGUGCUCCAAUAUCGACUCACGCCCUCGGCAAAGCUCCGAAAGGUUUCUUUACAAAGAUGAGCUUGGAAAGACGGAAUAGAAACAAACCAAACAAGUCGAUUCAACGAUGGAGGCUUAGAAAGUCCCUUCGAAGGGUUGGCACCGUUGUUAUCUUGCUAGCUGGUCGUCACAAAGGCAAGAGAGCCGUGGUCAUUGGUCGUCACAAAUUCUCCGGUCUCCUCCUGAUUACUGGACCCUACAAAGUGAAUGGAAUUCCAAUCAGACGAGUACAUCCCGACUACGUUAUUGCUACAAAGACUAUCAUUAAAAUGGACAAGGUGAGGUGUUGCAGUUCCUUUUUGUAG